AGGUUGGAGGGGCUUGAAGAAUUGUUGCAGUAGUUCUCUCUAUUCCUCGCUCCAGAAGAUUUCAAUAUUUGUUAUUGUGGAAGAAAAUAAUUAGUCUGGAACAGAGGAGCAGAAACUUGAGUUGUCAGUGACUUCCUGGCUUUCCUUUCUCUAUUGAUCAGAGGAACAAAAAAAGUGUAGCUUCUGAGCUGAAUGAUGACAACAUUGCAUAGUAAAGAAGAAUAUGGGAAAGGAUCAAAAAAAACCUUCACCCCACCUGCUCAAAAAUUGCAUAGCCUGAUGCCCUAUAACCCUAACUUACCCAAAGAGAAGACCUUGGGGAUCAGUUCUCUGGAGGCAGAGUCCAGAGCAAACCUGCUAAAGGCCAGGUUAGAGAAGAAGGAGGAGGAAGAAACCACAGAAAAUGGUCCAAGCAGUUGCCAGGAGAAAAAAGUAAAGGCUCAAGACAAUAAGCAAGCAGAGAAGAAAGAAAAGGAAAAAUCAAGCCUUACCAAUGAAGAGUUUGAGGAGAUUGUCCAGAUUGUGCUACAGAAGUCACUUCAACAGUGCUUAGGGAUAGAAUCUAGCCUUAAUUUUGCAGAGACUUCCUGUGUCCAGCCCAUAAGAUGUACCCAGUUAGAUAAGGAACCAGCAAUUGCUUCUUCUACUGAUAAUGAUAAUGCUGAUAGAGAGAGGGUAAUGGUACCUCAUAUUCUAGCAAUUUUAGCCUCUCAGGAAGAUGGAAUAAUCUCUGAGAUAAACACAUCUAAGCCAGGCCAACCAGAUCCUGCACUCUCUGAGAAGAAAUUCGGUAAACUCUCCUUAAGGAAAAGAAAGAAAGCUCAAGAUGAGAAAAUGAAGAAAGCCCAACAUGGACAUGAGCAUAGACAGAAAGACCAACCAAAGAAAAUUGUUCAGGAUCAUUCUCAGAUGAGGGACCAACGAAAAGGAGAGGAAAGUGGUUUUGGUCAAUGUCUAGUCUGGGUCCAAUGUUCUUCCCCAAACUGUGAGAAAUGGAGGAGGCUUCAUGGGAACAUUGACCCCUCAGUGCUUCCAGAUAAUUGGUCCUGUGACCAGAAUACAGACUUGGAGUACAAUCGCUGUGAUAUCCCUGAGGAGACCUGGAUAGGGCGCGAAAGUGAUGUGGCCUAUGCCUCCUAUAUCCCAGGAUCCAUCAUCUGGGCCAAACAAUAUGGUUACCCCUGGUGGCCAGGCAUGAUAGAAUCUGAUCCUGACCUGGGGGAAUAUUUUCUUUUUGCUUCUCAUCUUGAUUCCCUGCCGUCUAAGUACCAUGUGACAUUUUUUGGAGAAACAGUCUCUCGUGCUUGGAUCCCAGUCAAUAUGCUAAAGAACUUCCAGGAGCUGUCUCUGGAGCUAGCUGGAGUGAAAAAGUUCAAGAACAAGGACUGCAGUCAGAAACUGGGGGCAGCCAUGAUAAUGGCUCAGGAGGCAGAGCAGAUCAGUAUUCAGGAGCGGGUUAAAUUGUUUGGUUUCUGGAGCAGAUACAAUGGAUCUGACAAUAAUGGGGAAGGAAAAGUUCUAGACUUAAUGCUCUCUGGGGCUAAGAGCCCAGAUUCCUCCGUGGAGAAAGAAGAAGCGUCAUACUUGGAGGAGGAGGAGAAAGAGAAAAAAGCCCUGAGAAAAAAUUUAAAGUUUCCCAAAGCAAGGUUUCAGUAACCAGCUUUUCUGAAGAAAAAGAGGUUAGAAUGGUGCCAGAGGGCCUGACCCUACCAGCUCAUCAUGGGGCCUGUCCUAUCAUGGGGAAAGAAGAGCCUGGAUCUCAGAAGCUAUAGGAGGCUGGAAGGUUCCUCCCUGAUAAUGAAGCUUCCAGUGACCUGGAUCUUGAGCAACUCACGGAAGAUGGAGAAAAGCCAGAGCAGAGGGUGGAGCUGCAGCAUAGAGACGACACUGAGGAGUUAAUCUUCUUUGAGGAGUAGUUCUGUGCUCUUGUGUUUUUCCCCUCUUACAUAGGAGUAGGAGAGAGAGCUUCUCAGAGGGUCCCAGAGAAUUGCUGGGAUUGGCCAUUGUCUACAAGAUUAACUGGCUAAAGUCAGAGUUGUAUGGUUUAUGUGUUAAUAAAAAUAAGUUACUGGCUUAA